AAUGACAUACGUUUUUAUGAAGUAUCCAGAACGAUAAAUAAGAAAUAUUGUAAUAAACACUGAUUGGCUUGCAAAAUCAAUAUAUAACAUAGUUAAGAAAUUUUUACCAAAGAGAACUUUAGAGAAAAUGGCCUUUGCUGGAAAAGAUCCCAAAGAAAUAUUAGAAGUUUUAUCAAGAGAUAUUGAUAUAUCAGUUAUUCCAAAGAAAUAUGGUGGUUAAAAUGAUUUAAUAAUAUGA